GAUUUCAUUAUUUCUGUUGGAAUUUGAAUGAUUUGAAGCAGUUGCCGAAGAAAAUUGAGAAAAAAGAAAGAACUUUUGAACGAGAAAGCUCUAUAAAUUGAAGGGUUUUUGGCGCCGGAAGUUCCCUCCAUGCCCUUGUUUUGUUCUUCAACAUAGCGCGCAAAUCCCAACCUCACUUCACUUCGGCGGAAGCGAUUUUCAGUUCUGGCGCCUUCAGCCGCAAGCGGCCAUGAAUGCUCCAAUAAUCGAUCCACUGCAGGGAGAUUUCCCCGAGGUUAUCGAAGAGUUCUUGGAACAUGGUGUAAUGAAAUGCAUCGCGUUUAAUCGUCGCGGUACUCUUCUAGCAGCUGGAUGCUCCGAUGGCAGCUGUGUUAUCUGGGAUUUCGAGACCAGAGGCAUCGCUAAGGAGCUUAAAGAUAAAGAUUGCGUUUCUGCAAUAACUAGUGUCUGUUGGUCAAAAUAUGGCCAUCAAAUUCUUGUAUCUGCUGCUGAUAGGUCAUUAACACUGUGGGAUGUUCUCAAGGGGGAGAAGAUAAACCGCAUAACUCUGCAGCAGACCCCUUUACAGGCUCGGUUGCAUCCUGGCUCGUCUAGUCCAUCUCUCUGCUUGGCAUGCCCUCUCUCAUCUGCUCCUAUGAUUGUCGACUUAAAGACGGGAGACACGAUCCUACUUCCAGUUUGUAUUUCUGAUACCGAUACAGCUUCUUCUCGUGGCAAAGUAUUAGAUGGAACUCAGCCGUUCACUCCUACGGCAGCUUGCUUUAAUAAAUACGGUGACCUAGUUUAUGUCGGGAAUUCGAAAGGUGAAAUACUUGUAAUAGAUUAUGAAAGAGUUCGGAUAGAGGCCAUGGUUCCAAUUUCUGGAGGUGCUGUUGUCAAGAACAUAGUAUUUAGCCGAAAUGGUCAAUAUCUGCUCACUAAUUCUAAUGACAGAACGAUUAGAAUCUAUGAAAAUCUCCUGCCUAACAAAGAUGGAUUAAAAUUCAUUGAUGAGAUUAUGAAAGAGCUUGAUGAGCUCGAUGGUGCUGAGAAGCUGAAGGCUGUUGGAACGAAGUGUUUAACUCUUUUCCGUGAGUUUCAAGAUUCGAUCACUAGAAUGCACUGGAAAGCACCUUGCUUUAGUGGUGACGGUGAGUGGGUCGUUGGAGGUUCUGCGAGCAAAGGCGAACACAAGAUUUACAUUUGGGAUAGGGCAGGUUAUCUCGUAAAGAUCCUCGAAGGUCCAAAGGAAGCAUUGAUUGAUUUAAGCUGGCAUCCCGUUCAUCCCAUUGUCGUCUCAGUUUCUCUGACUGGCUUGAUUUAUAUUUGGGCUAAAGAUUAUACUGAGAAUUGGAGUGCUUUUGCUCCUGAUUUCAAAGAGCUCGAGGAAAAUGAAGAAUACGUAGAACGAGAAGACGAAUUUGAUCUGAAUCCCGAAACCGAAAAGGUGAAAGAACUUGAUGUCAACGAAGACGAAGAAGUUGAUAUCGUAAAUGUCGAGAAGGAUUCAGCUUUCAGUGAUUCAGAUGCUUCACAGGAUGAACUAUGCUUCUUGCCAGCAAUCCCAUGUCCUGACAUUGUCGAGCAGCACGACAAGUGCGUAGAAAUUUCUUCAAAAAUGAUCGAUGAUGACAAUUCCGGAUCCCCGCUAUCCGAGGAGGCUGCUGUAAAUGGUCGUACAACCAAUCAUGCAUCAAGUCCUUUGGAAGUGUUGGAUAACCCCGAUGAUGCUGGAGGAACCCGAGCGAAAAGAAGACGGAAACCAUCGGAGAAAGGACUUGAGUUGCAAGCCGAAAAGGUGAAGAAACCCUCUAAACCUUCAAGUAGAUUGUCAAAAUUUAAAACUAAGUCCAUAGGUCAUCAGGAUCAUGGUAAUGGUAGAUAUGCUGAUGACAAUUCUGAUGAAUAGCAGUGGAAAAAAUCUGGCUUUUUUUUAAAUAUUAUUUAUC